AUGGCUCUAGACCCAGGCGUUACCACAACAUACGACUUGUCCGGAUGUGUCUCAUGGCACGAUGACAUGGAGAACUCGCACAUGACCGAACGCCGCCUGGUUGCCGUCAAACAUCACCAAGCCACGGAGCGGGCAUGGAACCAUGUCCUAACCUCGGUCGUCAACUCCUCUUUCCUGUUUACGCCGCCGCCAUCGUUGCCAGAGAUUACUGAUAUCACAGUAGGCGAGGAGACGGAUUUGUGGCAGCACUCGCUGGCCGAUGGCAGUCGCUUCCGCGAGGUACCACUGCAACGUGAACUGGUGGAGAUGGUCCUGCGCAGGACCAAGGGCGACCAGUGGAACCGAGCUCAGCGGAACGGCAUUGGCACGCAUAUCCCCGACAUGUGCACCCUCCUCUCGUCGCAGAAGGUGGACGGGCUACAACCCCCACUCGGCCUCAUAUCACCCGUGAUUGAAAUCAAGGUCACAAAGAUCGAGUCGCGCAAUGGCCACUUCGUUGUUGCCAUUGGAGCACGCGACGAUCCUGAGGUACAGCACGACGACUCGACCCACUACUCGGUUCCGUCGGCCGCUGGUGACGAGGAGCUCAUGCUCAAACUCGACGGCGAGAAGAAGUGGACGGCGGGUCUGGCGAAAGAGGUCGUGUACAUUCAGUCCGCGUACGAAUACUGUCACGCACGCCUAGGCGCCUUCAUCCUGGGGACCCGCCUGUCAAGAAUCGUACUUGCUGCCAACGGUUGUGUUAUUUUGGAAUGCUCGAGCGCGUUCCUCGACCGUGUGCACCAACUCGACAUGCCCAUGACCGAGUUCCUUCGCAAUCCCCACAACGUCAGUCAUCUCCGCUGGGACCUGGCGAGCCCCGUCUCCGACACCACCUCGGCGGCCGUCCAAUGGGAUCGUGAAGCUCUCGACAAGCUCGUCGAUAUCCACCGUCUCGGCGUCGACAUUCUCCAACACCAGACCGCCGACAAGCCGGACAACCCCUUUGUGCCCCUUACCGAUCCACUCGAACAUCCAGGCGUGAAAGCGAUUGUUGACGAGUUGACGGCGGGCGGGUCGGUAUCUGCGACAUUGGGGACAGGGUCGCAGCACAGGCCGUCCAACGACGAUGACGACAAGGAGCCGAAUCGCAAGCCUGCCCACGAAAAGAAGCCCAGAACGCAACAAGGCAAGCACGCGGGGCCUCCACACCCAUCCACAUCCACUCCGCCACGUGAGCGUUUCGGGUCUGGACCGUCUGGGGCAAGAGCUGAAGGGAAAGCCCAAGAAGAGACGUCAAGCCUCACCACCGCUGCCCGAUGGCGACUUGAUGUGGCACUUGCCAGUCCGGCUGCCGUGCCCGAAACAACUCCCGACUCCUCGUUCGAGGUCAAGACGCCAUCCACCCUUCCCACGUCGUCCACGCUUCCCACGCCGCCCACCACAAUCUUUGACGAACAACUCAUGAACAAGGCAAGCGGUGUCGACGCGUCAGUGUAUUCUAGUGAUUUGGGCGCAGACUGGGACGAGGUUCUCGAAGCCAAUGACCUCUGUCCGUCCGACACAUCAUGGGUGCGCAACUACGUCGCACCCGACAGCGACUUGGACGAGGAGGAGGAAGGGCGGGAGAACGUCUUGUACGAGGACAUGCUCGCCGUCAUUGGCAAGUUGGGCAUGACGGUGAGGUUGGUUGAUUCAGCGGCCAUGGACCGCCUCCUGGGAGCGAUCGCCGCUGCUGUAGCUUAG